UCCAGACCAGCAGCAGCCAAUCAGAUCCCCUCCAAAUACAUCAACCGUCUGACAGAAAUUCAGGGAUUCAAUGAGUCUCAGAAGGAGGAAUAUUUCAGGAAGAGAAUCAGUGACCAGCAUCAAGCCAGCAGAAUCAUCUCACACAUCAGAAGAGCAAGAAGCCUCCACAUCAUGUGCCACAUCCCCGUCUUCUGCUGGAUCUCAUCCACUGUGCUUCAGAAGCUCCUGAAAGAAGAUGUGAGUGCAGAAAUCCCUCAAACUCUGACUGAAAUGUACAUCCACUUCCUGCUGAUUCAGAUCAACAUGAGGAAUCAGAAGUAUGAAGAGAGAGAUCCAGAGAAACUCCUGCAGUCCAACAGAGAAGUGAUUGUGAAACUUGCUGAAGUGGCUUUCAAACAGCUGAUGAAGGGCAAUGUGAUGUUCUAUGAGGAGGACCUGAUUGAGAGCGGCAUAGACGUCACUGAUGCCUCAGUGUAUUCUGGGAUUUGCACUGAGAUCUUUAAGGAGGAAUCUGUGAUUCAUCAGAGGAAAGUCUACAGCUUCAUUCAUCUGAGUGUUCAGGAGUUUCUUGCUGCUUUCUAUGUGUUUUACUAUUAUGUAAUGAUACAUAUUGAUACAUUGAAGUUUUGUGAUGUGAUACAUAAUCUGCAUAGAGAUGCAGUAGAUAAAGCACUUGAGAGUGAGAAUGGACAUCUGGAUCUGUUCCUGCGGUUCCUGCUGGGCGUCUCACUGGAGUCCAAUCAGAGACUCUUACAGGAUCUACUGACACACACAGAGAACAGCUCAGAGAGCAUCAGGAGAACCACACAGUACAUUAAAGAGAAGAUCAAAGAUGGACAUGGACUCUCCACUGAAAGAUCCAUCAAUCUGUUCCUCUGUCUGCUGGAAGUGAAAGAUCAGACUCUGUCCAGAGAGAUUCAGGAGUUUGUGAAAUCAGACAAACACUCAGAGAAGAAACUCUCUCCUGCUCACUGCUCAACAAUCGCCUACAUGCUUCAGAUGUCAGAGGAGGUGCUGGAUGAACUGGACCUCAAGAAAUACAACACAUCAGAUGAGGGGAAGAAGACUGACUGA